CACACACACACACACAUACACUCAGUAAAAAAAACAAAAAAAAAACAAAGAAAGGAGAUGUUGGAAUUAAGGUUGGUGCAAGGGAGUGUGAUAAAGAAAGUAAUGGAAUCAAUAAAAGAUCUGGUCAACGACGCAAACUUUGACUGUUCAUCAACUGGGUUUUCCUUGCAAGCAAUGGAUUCAAGCCACGUGGCGUUGGUAUCACUCCUGUUAAGAUCAGAAGGGUUUGAGCAUUACAGAUGUGACAGGAAUCUUUCAAUCGGGAUGAAUAUGGGAAACAUGGCAAAAAUGUUGAAAUGUGCUGGAAAUGAUGAUAUUGUUACUAUUAAAGCUGAUGACGGCGGUGAUUCUGUCACUUUCAUGUUUGAAUCCCCCAAUCAAGACAAGAUUGCUGAUUUUGAGAUGAAGCUGAUGGACAUUGAUAGUGAGCAUCUUGGGAUACCUGAAUCGGAGUAUGAAGCCAUUGUUCGGAUGCCGUCGACUGAGUUUGCAAGAAUCUGCAAAGAUCUUAGCACUAUUGGAGACACUGUUGUGAUAUCUAUUACAAAGGAAGGUGUCAAGUUUUCAACUAAAGGUGACAUUGGGACUGCAAAUAUUGUGUGUCGACAACACACUUCUGUUGACAAUCCAGAAGAUGCUACAAUCAUUGAAAUGGAGACACCGGUUUCCUUGACAUUUGCACUGAGGUACAUGAAUUCCUUCACUAAGGCGACCCCAUUGGCGAGCCAAGUGACAGUGAGCUUGUCUUCUGAACUGCCGGUUGUGGUUGAAUACAAGAUUGCAGAAAUGGGCUAUCUGAGGUUCUAUUUGGCUCCAAAGAUAGAAGAAGAUGAGGAGAUGGGAGGUCAACAAGCUCAACCAGCUGCUGAACCCACGAAACCACCUGAGAAAAAGGCCAAAGUCGAACCUGAAACUAAUGGAGAGGCUCCCAAACGUCGUGUUAUGAAGAUUGACCUUGAUGAGGAAGAAGAGGAAAUGAAGCCAACGAUUGCAGCCAAUGGUCAAACUGCAGACUAUGUUGAAGUUGUUGGUUCCAAGCCUGGUACGGGAAUUGUUAAGCCCAAGGAAGAGAUUAUUGGUGACGAAGAUGUGAAGCUUAGCAUCGAAAAAGAAACUAAUGGCGAAGCUGAAGUAAUGGAUGUUGAGUAGAGCUUGUUUGCAAAGUAGUUAUUAGCUUUAUGAACUUGGGGUUAAUUUUUCUUAAUGCCAGAUGAGAGCAUAUCUGUAAACCCUUGCUGUGUGUUUUAUGAGCUAGUUUUCUCUAAAUUCUGGUA